CAUUCUUUUCAAUAAACAAAAGAAAAUGCGCACUUUCUUUGAUGAUGCGCUAAUAAAUUGACGAUAAACUUUUUUGUAUCAUAAGUUUAUAAACUUUAAGAAUUAGUAAAUUUAUUAUGAAUACAAACACUGUCGGGAUGUUGUCCAAUCCCACAGAAUGGAAACGUCCGGAUGAAAUUUUACGGUUGCAGCGUCUCAAGCAAAAGCAAAAGGCUCUGCAAGCACGUAUGCAAAGACCUUCUGCCGACUCAGCUUCCCGCGGUUCCAAUUCUUCUGGUCUCGAGCUAGAUCCGUUUGGUAGCAAUCAAAAGCGGAAAAAUCCUUUUUCUAGGAAUGAAGACAAUUCCGCUAAAAAACAGAAGAAGCAACAGGAUGCUGAAUUACCCAAUGAGGAUAGUAUCUUCGAGCUCCUUAGUAAACCAGCUUCAAAGGAAAUUCCUGUUAUUGAUGCUCCUGUUGUAAAACCUCUGGAACAACGAUUUCUCAUAGAUCAUCAGCAGCAACUUAUUUCAACCGCAAUACCACCGGAAUCACACCAGAAACCGUCCGAACAUCUACCCAUUGAUUGGAGCAUCAAAAGUCGAUUACGAGUCGUUUGUAAAACUACUAUCCCAGGUAAUAACUUACGAACAAACCAAGAAGCAAGCGGUUUAACAUCCUUUGUGCGUUGCAUUGGCAUAAAGGAUUCUUCGGCUGGACUGGAUAUCUCACCUGGAGCGAGGUUCUAUCAGAGCACGUUAUACUGGCAACAUCCACAUCUGCCUUGGCUAACGUUGUUUCCCCGAAAUACGAAAACUAACAACGGAAUAGUGCUUGGAGAAAUCGAACGGGUAGCACUAGCAAAAGAAUGGGCCAUCAGUUUUCGAAACCUGUUCCAACUCGUCCGUGCUCGGCAGUGUCCAUAUUUUUAUGUUUGUGCUAAUAGUUUCACUGUUCUGUUCCGAGCGGCCGGUAUCGGUGGACGAGUCGAAACACAUGCGUUGCUCACGCCUACGUCAAGGGGAAUGCGCGCGGCUUUAAAGCAAGAAGAUAUUGAGUUUGUUAUGCCUUUGAGGAAACCUACGGACAACAAGCAGGACUUGAAUCGUUCCGGGGAAUCAGGAGUAAGCGUGCACAAUGGAAGUUUCUCGAAUUCUUCCGAAGAUCAAUCGAGUAGCGCUCAAAUUGAAGACGACGACUCAGAUGAUAUGGAGGAAGAAAAGUGGUUAGAGAGUCUUGGCGUUGAAGCAGAGGAAAUAAAGAAAAUCAACUAUAAUCAAGCAAAAAAACUGCAAAAUAAAGAAUGUGACGAAGACUACAGUGACCAAUCAUCGGUACUCAUAGAAGGGGUCGAAUGUCAGGCAUUUUUCAAUUUUUUAUUAAACGCGAAAAGUACAACUACUAAAGUUGGUCGUCUAGCAGGAGUUCCCCCGACUCUACUGGCUCCAGUAUCUUUCGUUGGUGCAACCUUACGAACACUGACGACACGCUCUAGUAAGAUACGCAUGGAAGGCGAAGAUUUUCACAGUACUGAGCUGCACGGCGUUAUACUUCCACAUGUACUUCCCUAUAUAUGCGGAUUGUUGACCGAAUCAAAGGAUAAUUUCAGUGCCACUUUAGUGAGUGUCCCAAAUACAAUUGCAUUUUGUAAGGUUUCGCAGAAAUUAAUCGACGAUGCAGAUAAAGAGAAUGAAGCAAGUGCCAGUGGCGAUCAUGUGCUAUGGAAAGAAAAUCUGUCCGAUAGUGGCUUGUCUGAUCAUAUCCUAGAAACAAUGUGCAGAGCAAAUAAAGAUUCAGUGAGUGACUUAGAACGAUUUGUAUUUAACCAAGAAGCGGGGGGUUACACUUGGGGCUAAACUAGAUAUGCAAUAAAUGUUUCAGAUACGAUAGAA